ACGCUCUGUCCACAGCCCUCACGUCGAUCUGCCGUUCACUCAUUUGCCAUGAUUUUCGCGACAACCCUCCACCGGAACCCAGGUGCGCAGGCUGAUAUUGCUGUGGAAACUAUCCUUCUUUUCUUUGUCUUUCUCACCCUUGGUUUGCGAAUAUGGUCGCGUGCAAUAAAGGGCAUUGGAAUGCAUACGAAUGACUGGCUUAUCAUCGCUUCGACGUUUGUUCUCACUGCCCGUUACGCCACUGAAUUAUGCGUCAUCUUCAUAGGUGGGCUCGGUCUGCAUCUCGUGGAAGCAAUUACACUGGCCGGGCCCAACCUAGUGACUGAUUUCCUGAAGAUUCUAUACGCCCUCGACCUGAUGUGGAUUACGACGUGCGCAUUAACGAAGCUUUCCAUCCUCUUCUUCUACACGCAGGUCUUCUACAUCAACAAGAAGUUCGUGUACAUCAGCUAUGUUGCGAUCGGCCUUUGCGCAGUAUAUGGAGUCUCAUCCUUCUUUCACUUUGCUUUUUACUGUACACCGGUGCGUAAAAGCUGGUACCCGAUGCUUGAUGGCAAAUGCGGGAACGACAGUGUCAAAUAUCUCCUAUGGGGGUCGAUCGACAUCAUCCUGGAUGUGUUCAUCAUCGCCCUCCCGCUACCACUUUUGAGUACGCUCAAAUUGCCGACCGCGAAGAAGCUAGGUUUGAUUGGUGUCUUUGGAUUGGGUCUUGGUAUCGUCGCAAUCACUGGCGUGCGGUUCAAGUUCUAUGAAGAAAUAGACUUUACCGAUAUGACGUAUAGUUUGGUAAAUCAAGCGAUCUUCACCGCAAUGGUUCCUCUUCUUGGAAUAAUAUCGGCGAACAUUCCAACUAUUCCUCCCGCACUUCAGCGAAUGUUCAAGUCGCAAGUUUUCGCAACACAAAAGGGCAUAAGCACAGACAAUUCCUCCAGGCCCUGGUCAACAAAGAAGACCGGUGGAAGUCGAGGCGGAAGUCGCUUCGAUACCGACUUCGAGAGGCUAUCAGACCACGAUGUGCCUUUGGUCAAUAUCCAGGCGGCAAACGCAGAUCCGAAUCUGAAUGAAGGAAAGUCGCAAAUUCAGGUUACGACAGAUUGGCAUAUUCAGUCAAGCGCGGAGAGGCCCUGA